AUGCUAUUGUUGCAACAUCGGAAGCAGUUGCAGUGCAAUGAAAUGGAGAAAGUGGCUGCAGCUGCCACUUGGCCCAUGCUGCGGCUCACCAACGAGGCAAACUUCUAUCUAAGGCGCAGUCAGAGUACUGAGAUGUUGGCAUUGAUUUGUCUAACUGAGAGUCGAGAGAUGAACAUGGAAAUGUGGCAAGCAUUGGCCACAAAUCUCAACAACAUGCGUCAUGUGCGUCUCUUGUUGUUGCAACACGAAGCACAGUCUCUGGGACAACCGUUCGAAGAACUGUCGGAUAUCACACAAGAGUUGAAAUUUCCUCACGUUGUACUCUUCGCAACCACAGGAAUCCUUUAUCGACUGCAACCUUAUGCCAGCCAGCACUGGCUACAACUCAACACAAUACGACAUAUCUUCAUAAAGCAGCAAAAUUAUCAACAUUUGGUGGCACAUACACUGCCGGAUCAGAUAACAUCGCUGUCGCUUGUCUACAUGGAUAAGAAGACACAGAGGUUGCGGAUGACAGGAUUUGUGGCCAGAUUAAUGCAGGAAUUUACGCGUGUACACAAAAUCACAUUGCGGUGGCAACGCCCAGUCAUCGCUGGCGAGGAGUUAUCCAUAAUCCUGUUGCGCAACAUGACACUGAAUGGCACCCUCAAUCUACCCAUUACGCUCUGUGGCUUUGAGCGCGACAGUGCUUCGGGUCUCUACUCGUAUCCCUACGACAUUCCCUCGUGGUUCAUUAUGGUGCCGUGUCCUCGCCAGAUGGCCACAGCUCAAGUCUAUCGCGUGCUCUUCAAUUGGCGAAUGUUGUCGCUGCUCUUUGGCUCCUACUGCAUCUUUGUGUUGCUCGACUCGAUGCUUUCUUGCCUGCUGACGCGUUCAAAGUUCGAUUGGACCAAUUUGAUAUGCAACGAACGCAUGAUAUGUGACGUUGCCAGUCUCACGUUGGGCUAG